CGAGGAUGAGGCUCCCGCCAUUCCACUUCCGGAAGGUUGCGGGGAACAUCUGCAGCGGCCGCAUUCUGGAGUAAACUGCCUCAGUCCGUCUCUGCCAGGCAUGGUGGCAACCUCACAGCUUCCCUUUGCUGCAUUUCUGUAACUGCUUUGAAAAAAAUUCCUCUCUUCUUCCCUCGUUGGAAACCACCACAACCAGCUCCUCAGAGUGUGCCACAGAGUCAAGAGGCUCUCGGGCCAGAAGGCCUGAGAAGAGGACUGUCGCACCGUAAGAUCGCCACAUCCGGUCCCCGGUUACUAUGGUAACAGCUGCAGGCACAACUUCGUGCCCUCUGACCUCCCUCCAAAGUCCUUGUCCCGCUUGGGUUUCCCUUCUUGUCCCCUUUUGCACUUAUCUGUAAACCUGCUCCUUAUCAUCGUUCUCACAAGGAAUUUGGGUCCCAGCAGGUCGGCACCCAGGACUCUUCAGACCACCGCCCUCCCCUAAAGACCUCUGACCGUGCCCCUAGUGUAGCCCAGCAACCUGGCUGCCUACCCGAGACGCAGUCUCGGUUUUCCACUAAGGUCAAGCCCGAGGGUUGGUUUUAGUCUCAGUGAGUCCACGCCCCCUCUCCCCUAGGUAUAAGCCCCGCCCUCCACUCCACCGCCCCCUCCAGGUGAGUGGUAGCUUCUCCCGGGAGCGCAAGGUAGUGAUGACACGCGUUCCCCCUUCUCCGAACGCGAGUUGGUAGCGUCCGUGACGGAGUUAGCCCGGUCCUCCCACGCGCGCCUCCUUCUUCGCCGCCGGGGCGCCCUCUCGGUGCUAGUGGCUCUCACGUGCCAGUAGCCCACCCCGCAUCAUCCUCUCGCCUAGCUCCUGGAGGGAAGUGACUGUAUAUCUCCCUCGUUCGCCUUCCAUCGCAGCCGCCGCGGCAAUUCAGUCGGGCCCGCCCGCUGACGUCAUCUGCUAGCCCCGCCUCCCCUAGGGUCCCGGGCCCCUGCGGCGGGGGCUGCCCCGGGGGGCAGUCAGUUGAGGCGGCGGGAGCUCGGUGGAGGGCGGGCCAGGUGACUGGUCCGGGCCAUGCCGAGGAAGAAGCCCUUCAGCGUGAAGCAGAAGAAGAAGCAGUUGCAGGACAAGCGGGAGCGGAAGAGAGGGCUUCAAGAUGGGCUACGCUCCAGUUCCAACAGCCGCAGCGGGAGCCGGGAGCGGCGGGAGGAACAGACCGACACCUCCGACGGGGAGUCUGUGACCCAUCAUAUCCGCAGGCUUAACCAGCAGCCUUCUCAGGGGCUGGGUCCGCGAGGCUACGACCCAAAUCGAUACCGACUGCAUUUUGAAAGAGACAGCAGGGAGGAGGUAGAAAGGAGAAAGAGAGCAGCCCGUGAGCAAGUUUUGCAGCCGGUCAGUGCUGAAGUGUUGGAGCUGGACAUCCGGGAGGUCUAUCAGCCUGGCUCAGUUCUGGACUUUCCUCGACGUCCUCCUUGGAGCUAUGAGAUGUCCAAGGAGCAACUAAUGAGCCAAGAGGAACGGAGCUUCCAAGAGUAUCUUGGGAAGAUUCAUGGGGCUUACUCCUCUGAGAAACUCAGCUACUUUGAGCACAAUCUGGAGACAUGGAGGCAGCUGUGGCGGGUGUUAGAGAUGUCUGACAUUGUCCUGCUUAUCACUGAUAUCCGACAUCCAGUUGUGAAUUUCCCGCCAGCACUUUAUGAGUACGUGACUGGAGAACUUGGGCUGGCCCUCGUGCUGGUUUUGAACAAGGUGGAUCUGGCCCCGCCAGCUCUUGUGGUUGCCUGGAAACACUAUUUCCACCAACACUAUCCCCAGCUCCAUGUCGUCCUUUUCACCUCUUUCCCUCGGGACCCCCGCACUCCACAGGACCCUAGUAGUGUCUUGAAGAAGAGUCGGAGGCGAGGGAGAGGAUGGACUCGGGCGCUGGGGCCAGAGCAGUUGCUGAGAGCCUGUGAAGCCAUCACUGUGGGGAAAGUGGACUUGAGCAGCUGGCGGGAGAAGAUUGCUCGGGAUGUGGCUGGGGCCACCUGGGGUAAUGGCUCCGGGGAGGAGGAGGAAGAAGAGGAUGGGCCAGCAGUCCUGGUGGAGCAGCAGACUGAUUCAGCGAUGGAGCCAACUGGCCCAACCCGGGAACGCUACAAGGAUGGGGUGGUGACCAUUGGUUGUGUGGGUUUCCCUAAUGUGGGAAAGUCCUCGCUGAUCAAUGGGCUGGUGGGGCGGAAAGUUGUGAGUGUCUCCAGAACCCCGGGCCAUACCCGAUACUUUCAGACCUACUUUCUUACCCCAUCCGUGAAGCUUUGUGACUGCCCGGGCCUCAUCUUUCCAUCCCUUCUGCCUAGGCAGUUGCAGGUUCUGGCAGGGAUCUACCCCAUUGCCCAGAUCCAAGAGCCCUAUACCGCUGUGGGCUACCUGGCCUCCCGAAUCCCCGUGCAGGCCCUGCUCCACCUGCGCCACCCAGAGGCUGAGGACCCCUCAAUGGAACACCCCUGGUGUGCCUGGGACAUCUGUGAAGCCUGGGCAGAGAAACGUGGUUACAAGACAGCCAAGGCCGCUCGGAAUGAUGUGUACAGAGCAGCCAAUAGUCUCUUGCGGCUGGCAGUGGACGGCCGCCUCAGCCUGUGUUUUCAUCCCCCAGGCUACAGUGAACAGAAAGGCACCUGGGAGUCCCAUCCAGAGACCACGGAGCUGGUGGUUUUGCAGGGCAGGGUGGGGCCAGCAGGUGACGAGGAGGAGGAGGAAGAGGAAGAGCUGAGCAGCUCCUGUGAGGAGGAGGGAGAGGAGGACCGGGAUGCGGAUGAGGAGGGAGAAGGGGAUGAGGACACCCCAACCUCAGCUCCAGGGUCCAGCCUGGCUGGCCGAAACCCUUAUGCCCUGCUGGGUGAGGAUGAGUGCUGAGUUCCUUGCCCAGUGCCAUCUUUCCACCCAAUAUCUUUGCUUUUGGACUGACCUGGGGGUAACUCCCCUCUGCUGCCCCACUUGUGAAUAAAGAUUGUUUGCUUUGUAGCCCCUUCCCCAGAUGAACUGAGGUGAGAGCGGCUGUUCCAGGCUAACAGCUGUGGGAGGCUUCUCUCCUCAUCUCCCUUCUUUUUUCAUGCAUUCUCUUUACAAGGGAAAGUUCUUUUAGGAGUUUAUUUAGUAGGUUCUCAGUCUCUGAAACCUGCUUCCUCUACCCACUCUCCCACUCUGCACCUUAGGAAUCCCAUUAUCUACAUGGGGAGGGGAGAUUAACUCCAGUUCCUUUUGGAGUUUGUUCCAUUCUCUGAUUUGAGCAGCAGCCCUGUGUGCCCCCUCCUGCCAGACCUGGUCAUUCCAGGAGCUUCUGUGAGAAGGAACAUUAAGAGAGGAGGUGUCCCAAGCUGAUGUCUCUAAGUGAGAUUUUUACAGGAAUCGUUCAAAUUCAGCAAAUAUUUAUUGAGGGUCUAUUGUGUGUCUUGACCGAGCAUAUAAGGAUGUACCACCAGAGCCUAACCUAAAUUUGCAGCCUGGCCAUGAUCAAAACCCCAUCUUCAGGCACCAAGGUUUUUGGUUAAGAAGGGUGAAUGAUGUUCUCCAAAUCCUGGGGGUUUAUGCAGUAUAAUUCUAGGACUUCGUGUUAAUAUAAAUUCUUAGUUAGGGCAAAACACUUGUGAAUAUCUUGAUUAAAUGUGUACGAGUAGAGUUUUAA